AUGAGCCACAAGGUAUGUGGAUAUACAGCAGAUUGCGGGUAUCAUGGAGAUCGUAAGGAUUUUCCUACCAUUUUUUCCCUUCUUCUUCCUCCCGCGUCUCCUCUUCGCCUUCUGCAGAACUUCUCGGUGAUUCUGACGGUGGAUCUGGCCUGUACCCACUGCCACGCGAAAAUCAAGACGGUCUUGAGCAAAGAACACCAAGGUAGAGCGAGAGAGAGAGGAACGGGUACUAUCGGGUCGGGUGAAUUAGAGAAUAGACAGACCUCUGUUGGCAUUCCAGCCUUCUCCUUUCAGGGCCUAUCCGAAAGAGAAUCCGCUACUUGGAGGCGGGGCCCGCCGUCAGUUGGGAAUGUUUCCGAUCCGGGGUCUGAUGAUUUUCCUUCCUCUUCUUCCUUGUUCAACGCAGUGAAAUGGAAGAUCCAGUCGAUAGCGUGGGACAAAAAGAACAACAAAGUCACCAUCACCGGGGGCUUCUGCCCCCGCAAUCUCGCGAAUAAGCUCCGCUGCAAGGCCAGAAAGGUCAUCAAGGAUAUCGACAUCCCCGGCCACUGCAGCUGCAACUGUGCUAAGCCUCGCCCUUGCCCCCCACCACCUCCUUCCCCUCCCCCCCCAAAACCUCCUUGCCCUUGCCCCCCACCACCUCCUUCCCCUCCCCCCCCAAAACCUCCUUGCCCUUGCUCCCGACCACCUCCUUCCCCUCCCCCCCCAAAACCUCCUUGCCCUUGCUCCCGACCACCUCCUUCCCCUCCCCCCCCAAAACCUCCUUGCCCUUGCUCCCGACCUCCUCCUUCCCCUCCCCCCCCAAAACCUCCUUGCCCUUGCUCCCGACCACCUCCUUCCCCUCCCCCCCCAAAACCUCCUUGCCCUUCCCCCCCAGAACCUCAUUGCCCUUGGUUCCCAGAACCUCCUUGCCCUUGGAUCCCAGAACCUCCUUGCCCUUGGAUCCCAGAACCUCCUUGCCCUUGCCCCCCAGAACCAUCGGACAUCAUCUGGGUUUGCUAUGUCUGCUGCUGCAGCCCCUGCAGCUGUACUGUCGUAGUCAUCCACGAUGAGGAACGUUCCUGCCGGGUCAUGUGA